AUGAAGAAACGAGAUUUUUGGAUUACGGUCGCUACAAUUAUCAUCUUCCUAGCUGCUGGUCUCACGAUCGUUGAUCAGUUUUUCCCGUUUUCUUCACUUUUUGAAAAUAAAGAAUUCAUGGAUCACGUUACAGAAAAUCAUCCUCUUUCGAAAAGAGCCUUGACCCAAAUAGAAUUGACCGACUACUGCGCCUCGAACAAUCUCAGCAUUCCGUAUGUCCGAGAAAAGGACGAUUUUGAAAUGCUGAUCUUUGCUUGGCGUCCCUGUACCUUUCAUAUGAUCAACAGAAUCGAAGCGUUGGGGCAGUCAAAUUACCGAAUUUUUUUUCCGAAUGGCGAGCCCAUCAAACAUGAUUUUUUUGAGAAAGUAAGUGUCUCAACAAACUUCGACCCAGUUCAAGACACAGAUGAUGUUUAUAAGAGUCAUCGUUUGGAAGUACUUCACUUUGAAAAAGAAGAUGAGAGCAAUUUAUUCAAACUUUCUCGCGAGUUUACAUUUAGCGAUGCUUAUGCUUACAUCAGUUAUGCUCGAAUAUGCAAGGCUAACGGAAAGAAAAUUGUCCGAACUCUCGGGAAAGACGAUAAAAUCAAAGAAUACUCGAAGUAUUACGCAGUCAAUCACCAAAAUAGUACCUUCAUCUUUUACAUUUACAGACUAAUGGAUGCGAAUGAAACCCAGACUUGCUCAUCCGACUUUAUUUUUUCUCCGAAAAAUCCCGAAGACCUCCAAAUCCUCAAGAAAAUCUUCAAUCAUAUUGAUUUCCAAGCGCUUGGUGUCUACGAGAGAUACAGACACACGCUUAUUUUCGACAUUGAAAAAGUGAAUCAAACUCAUUUUCAUUCGCGACGUCAAAAUAAAACGCUCGACUACUCCUUUUUUGAAAAUACCGGCUUGAUGGAUCGCUUGAAUGUCAAAUUUGAAGACAAGGAAGACUACGACUCUGUUCUUUUUGGAAAAGAAGUUGACACGCCUACAGACUAUUAUCUCCACCUUGGCCAAAGCUCGCGAAAAUUGCGCGAGUUUUGUUUUCCUCCGCUUGAUGAGCCCGCUCGCUUUCCCUGGAUCUACGAGGGCCUAAACGAAAUGGAGAAAAAAGAAGCAAAAGAUAAAGUAAACGACAGACCAACUAUUGAAGCUGAUCGUGAAUGA